CAGUGGAGGAAGAAGGCCAACACAGAAAGCAGCUUUCUGAGGUUACCAGCAACUUCCUCCUCACCAAGCACAAGGAACUGGUCUUCAUCCAGCGCCGCCUCCUGGCAGCCUUUGAUGCUGGUGACUACCAGAGCUGCUGCAUCCUGUCCGCCCGGGCUCUCGUGGCGCACAGGGCAGCCAUGGUGCUUCUGAUUGGCUGAUCGCUGGCCCCAAACACUGACACACAAACAAGAGUGGGUAAGGGGGCGGCCAUCGGCUUAACGUGUGAAAACAAUCAUGGUCAGCCGACCUCCUACAAUUGUUUUAAGCUAAAUGUGACCUCUGACUCAUUGAUGAAUGUCAUCUUGUCACUGCCUGCUCCAAGCUGCCAGAGCCCUCUCUGCUGGGAGCAUCAUGGGACUGAGAAUCACUCUGUUUGUGAUGGCCUUCCUGCUUUCUGAUGCUGCCUCCCUCAAGAGUCAGGCUUCUUUCAACGAGACUGCCCACUUGCCUUGCCAAUUUAUAAACUCUCAAAAUAUAAGUCUGGGGGAGCUUAUAAUAUUUUGGCAGGACCAGCAAAAGUUGGUUUUGUAUGAGCUAUAUUUAGGCAACGAAAAACCUGACAAUGUGGCUGCCAAGUAUCUGGGCCGCACAAGCUUUGACCAGGACAAUUGGACCAUGCAACUUCACAAUGUUCAGAUCAAGGACAAGGGCUCCUAUCAAUGUAUUGUCCAUCACAAAGGACCCCAAGGAAUUGUUCACCUAUACCAGAUGACUUCUGAGCUGUCAGUGUUUGCUAACUUCAGUGAACCUGAAAUAAGGCCACUUUCCAAUAUAACAGGAGAUUCUGGCAUAAAUUUGACCUGCUCAUCUAGUCAAGGUCAUCCACCACCUUUAAGGAUAUAUUUUGUUCUAGAAACCCAAAACUCAACUGUUGAGCAUGAUGGUGUCAUGGUGAUAUCUCAGGAUAAUGAAACAGAACUGUACAACGUUUCUGCCAGUUUGUCCGUUCCGUUCCCCGAUGACACGAGCAAUGUCACUAUCACCUGUUUCGUAUGCACAGCCUCAGGGACACUUAAGUCUCCACCUUUCAAUACAGUUCUUCCGACGGACUCCUUGGCUCGUAAAGACCAAACAUACUUGGCUGCCUUUGGACUCUUGAUCAUCUCGAGCAUCAUAUUUGUGGUGGUGUUGUGUCUAAAAAAGCAGAAGCGGCGGCGGAGGCAGCAGCACCAGCAGACUGCCGGCUCUUCUGAAGAAACCAUCAAAAUGGAGAGUGAAGAGACCAAAGAAAGAGUGGAAAUCCAUGAACCUGAACAAAAUGAUGAAGAAAUUCAGUGUAUUGUUCACUAUUCAAAGACACCUUCAGGCAACCAUAAUGCUACACACUUUUAAUUAAAGCACAAAUUCCAUAUUAUUCAUGUCCCUUUCCUCUGUAAGUUUUGGGGCAGCCUUCUUUGAUUUCUUGCUGGAGAUGAGAGAACAUUACCCUUAGUACUGAUGGGGGCUCCAAGACUCCUUCUGAGUGAAAUAACCUCCCUAAAAUACCAGCUCUGUUCCCGGUGCCAGUAAGCAGAUUUAAAUUUUCUAUCUGCUUCUUUUCAUUUCAGAGCGCACUCAUGGGCUGAGCCCACCUGAAUGACUCCUUGCCUGGGAAUAAUGUUUAGGACCAACGCUUUCGACUUCAGAUCAGAUUCCUUUCUUAGUUUUUUACCAAAUUUGUUUUUAUAGAGAACUCUUAGUUCUGAGAACAGUUACUUUUAUCUGCCUCCAAACUCUAAGGUGGUGCCUCAUUUCAUUCUCUGAAUUUAGAACUGAACAACUACCUCUUCCACCGGAGUAGGAGUUAUGUAUUCUACAACUUUCUCGUGUUCAUGUUAAUAUUUUAAAAUAUAAAGAAACAAAUACUGUGAUAAUGUAACUAGUAUGUUCGGAAGAAAAGCCCACCACUUGUAAGGAAUGCUUUCUCCCUUCAGGAUGGUAGAGAAUACAAGGACCUAGUCAGAGUACAGGCCACAGUGAGGGGAGCACCUCCAUCUUGGGAAAUCAGGAAAGACAGAGAGAAACUAGUUCUGGAUCCCGGAGCCAUUUCUGUCUGGGUUGCUGCUGUUAUUGGGAGGAUUCACCUGCCCAAUAAGCAAUUAAACACGUGUUGGCAGAGAGCAUUGAGAAAGCAGGGAAAUGCUGUGUCUUAUGAGCCCUAUUUUCUCUGGAAAAAAAAAAAAAAAAAAAGACUCAGAUGCAAGAGAGACAACCAUGCUCCUGAGAAAACAACAAAAGAUUUCAACCAACAAGAUACACAUGAAAUAAAUGGUCUAUCGGGUCCUUUGAGAAGUCUCAAAGAAGCCACAGAUGGACAGUCUGUCCAAAUGGACUUGGACAAACAGAAGUUUCCCUGGUGGUCAGUGAGGGAUUUUGAUGAUAGCCCAGUUAUUGUGAAGUUUCAUCUGAUUGGAAGCAGAGCUGGGGAGGAGAGCGCUCACCUGGAUGACAUGAGUGGACAAAGCCAGGACUCUUCCAACCCAUGGUCAAGAGAGAGGAGCUGGAGUGGAAGUAGGAAGGCCAGGCUGCAAUCCUUAGCCGGUGGACAUCCUGGGGGAUAUGAACGGCCCACAGCAGGGCUAGCCAACUGAGGACCGUUUGUGUUGGAAGCAAUGACUGGAAAACUGGAUACAAGCAAGAGAGAACCCAGUAGAAAUUAGUUGGAAAGCCUGGCGGUACAGUGGCACAGCAAAGGAGGGACCAGCCUCAGUCCAAACCCAAAGAGAUCUUUAGGAGGCCCAAGUCUUACAAAAUUCUUCUUUAUAUUUUCCAUAAAAGGCUGUGGAGGGUUGUGGACUGCUACCAGAGUCAGGCUGAUCCUUGGGAUAUUACCAUCUGUGCGUCCUUCCCCUGCCUGCCCCUGCCUGCCCCUAGCUAGUUGGUUUCUAGUAAUGUUUUGUAUAAAGUAGUUAUCAGUAAAGAGUUUUGGUGCAAUUAUUUAAGCCUGCAUCUUCUAUAAUACCCAAGACUUGUAGCCCGAUGUCCCCCUGGGUCCUCUUAUGCACUUCCUUUCCCCAGCAUCUUUGUAGCUGGAUGUCUUCGGCUCCUUCUCUCUUCCCCCUAACCAUUGCAGAAGGGGAGCUUACAGACUCCUACAUAUUUAUCUCAGUGGUGGAACAUUAAAAAAACAAGUGAGAGAGGUUGUUUCUAAGGACAACUAGGAAAUUCCGAAUAAGAAGGACACCUGCUUUUACGUUUGUAACCUUUCACACUCAGUAAUUUUUAAAUGAUGUGCUCACAUGUACGUUAAACAACUGUUCAAUAUCAAACUAUUUCCUGAAAAUAUCCUUGACUAUAAAAUCAUAGUUAUAAAAGCAUAUACGGACAUAGACCUGUAGCAUGUGAGAAGGGCCAGGAAGUUUCUGAAAAAAAGAAAACUAGACUCUGUGAGGGCAGGGUUUUGACAGGCUUUAUCAAUGGAUCCCAGGCAACAAAGGCAGUGCUUCAAAACAUAUUUGUUUAAAGAUUGAGUGAAACAUGGACACGCCCUUUGGUGAAGGCAUCACUCCUCUGUAUACUAAAUUCUGCCUGCUGAGUUACAAGUGUAGGGGAAAGAAAGAAGGAAAAAAAAAACCAAAGAGAAAG